AUGGCGCUCGUUUCGUCUCAUUCUGAAGACCAUCUGCCGGCCAUGGGCAAAAUGAACGAGAAUACACUCCCCGUCUUAUCCAGGAGGGACAUUGAGGCGCUGAUUGCCCAGGGCCGCAAGCUGUUCAUCCUCGACGACUUCGUCAUCAAAGCAGACGCGUGGAUUCCCUAUCACCCGGGCGGCGAAAAGUCGAUCCUGCACUUGGUCGGCCGAGAUGCCACGGACGAGGUCACGGCGUUGGUCUCCCGAUUGUCCCCUCUCCCUCUUCACUCGAUCGAGGCAAAACAACGUAUGAGCCGCUACCGCAUCGGGAUCAUUCGAGGCAGAUGGGAGAACUUCAUCCCGCCCAUUCAAGGUGGCACGUUUCGCGCUCCCUCUGACGACGGCCAAUUCUCCUAUCACGAUUCCGACACCGCCUCUUCUGUCGCCUCUUCGCACCGCUCGAGUGUCCCUGAUAGUGACAGUUCUGAUGGCCACGGCCCCGCGCGCCGAAAUAGCCGACCCACUGCCAAUGCUUCCAGUUCAUCCUCUACAUCGUCCAUCCCUUCCACUCGUGCGGACGAUGCCAUGGCACACCCCGAUUUCGUCACCAAGCAAAAGGUAUUACUCGACCUCGAGACGUACCCUGCCUUGGAUCACGCCACCCAGGACUCCAUCGUGGCCGCUUACCGCCGCCUCGACUACCGUAUGAGAGCCCAGGGUCUGUAUGACUGCAACUACUGGGCGUAUUCCGUCGAAGCCUCCCGCUACUGUAUGCUCUUCGCCGCCAUGCUGCUUUUCCUGCAUUGGGGCUGUUACGUGGCCAGCGCAGUCUGCAUGGGGGCUUUCUGGCAUCAGAUGUCGUUCGCCGCCCACGACGCAGGCCACAUAGGAAUUACGCACCGCUUCCACACCGACAGCGUCCUCGGUAUCUUCAUCGCCGACUUCAUGGGCGGUUUGUCGCUCGGCUGGUGGAAAAAGAGUCACAACAUCCAUCAUAUCGUCACCAACUCACCCGAGCACGACCCGGAUGUCGAGUACCUACCCUUCCUGGCCGUUUCGCAUCGGUUCUUGGCUGGCCUGCGCUCUACAUACUACAACCGUAUGAUGCACUAUGAUGCUGUGGCGCAAUUCUGCGUCAAGUUCCAGAAAUACUCAUACUACCCUCUGCUGGCCCUUGGGCGCUUCAACCUGUAA